UUGAUUGUUAGUACACGGACCCAAAUACCCUUACUCCACCGCACCAGCUCCCAAACACCGUCGAAUCUCAGCUCUCUUCCUUCGCGCAUCGCUCCAUCGCACAUCGCGCAAGCAGUCCAGCACCAUCGCCCAUCAGGCCAUCACAUCUCGCUGCCUUCAGCUCUGCUCCAUCAUCCAUCGGUUUCUUCUUUGCCUAUUGCACCAGCAACAUUCCGUUCCUUCGCACCAGCACCAGCAACAUUCUGUUCCUUCGCACCAGCACCAGCAACAUCCCGUUCCUUCGCACCAGCAACGACACCUGGUUUCUUUCUUCUCCGUCGACUCCUCCUUUGACUCACGUCGCCGUCCCAUAUCGCCGCCCCACAAAGCUUCUUCUUAUUUGUCUGCGUUUCCAGAUCUAAGGCCAGGAUCCGGCGAUUAGGGUUUUCAAAAUUGGGUUGGCGGCAGUGCGGAAUUGGAGAAAAAGGGACUGGGGAGCAGGUGAGGAGAAUGUGGUUGGGGAGGGUCAUGAGCAAUCGGCCGGUACUGACGGGUGUGGUGGAGGAAUGCGAUUGUGCAGGGGUUAGAGAUGCAACUUGGGGGUGGGGGCAAGGGGCUGGGGUUACGCAGGGGAAGGGUGGCUGGGUGAGGCAGUUGAGGGGGCUGGGUAAAGCAGUGGCUGGGAUGCGGUGGUCGUUGGCGGUGGUCACUGGCAGUUGUUGCCGGAAGUUGUGAUUGCUAAUGGUGGCAGGGUGGUGGUUGGUGUGGGUAACCGAAUCCGGCAACGUUAAUCCUAUACCUAAAAGCACUAGAGAAAAUUCUCCCGCUCAUUCCAUCAGUUGAUUUACUUCGUCCGGCCCGUCCGGGGCAUAUAUGUAAUUUUGUUCCUGAGAAAAGAAUCGCCCUUCCGCUGGGAAAGAACGCCGAAGCCUCCCCUGCCGCCAGAAGCUCAUGUGAUAGAAGAAACUCCAGAUUUUGAAAGCUGCCCUCCACAGGUGUUGGAAUUUGUCAAGAUUCAGACAGAUGCUUUGAAAUUCAACUCCCGGACUGUGUUCAACACCUGUCGGGUGAUCGAAAGAGCGUUCCUUGACUUGCUGGAGAAAGACAAGUCAGCUGGAACAGAGCAGAUAUGGGCUAUCGGGCCUUUCAAGCUUCAACCCAAUAACCCUUCCCUCGGAUCAACAUCCCGGCAUCGAUCGGAACCGUUGUCUAGCCGCACGCCAUACGCUCAAAGCCUCGAACCAGUUCACCAUGAGAGAAUUACCUUCCGCCACACCAUCUCUCAAUCGUGCCACUGUUUCGCUUGCAGCAUCUCUCAGUCUGGCCGCACCUCACCGCUUCACCACUUCAAUAGUGAGGGUUCCUCUAGCAUUGCUGAAUCAGUCUUUAGCAACAGUGGUUUUGAGAUAACAAGUAUUUCAAAGGAAUUAUGACCUCAUUCAGCCAACAUAGCUAGAUGCAGAAUGAGAACUAUGGCCUCAUUCCUAGGAGUGAAGUUACCAACAUAGUUUAUUAUGGGCAAAAAUGAAUCAGGAGGGUGGCUUUUGUUUAAGCGUAUUUUCGCCAAGUAAAAGGAAAAAGGAAGGCGAAGAAAGGAUGGCCAGCCUUGCUCAUCCUUUCUUGACUACUACUUAAGCAAGAUAUGUUAAGCUUCAAGCAAUAGCUCUACCGUUACUUUCUUCUUCAUCAUCCUUCCUCUUUCCGGAUGGAGAACAACUAUUCCUUCUCCACACCUACUACUAUUCCGAUUAGGAUGGAGGAAUAUGGAUGAAUCUUAAGUCAAUACAACAAAACAAAUUCUCUCGGAGUCUUUUAUCAUGAAUGAUUAUUUACAACCAAGUAAAAGGAAAAAGGAGGGGUGGAGAGAUAAAAAUGAGUAAAAAUGAUGCGCUUAUGGAGGCUGCUCGAACAGGUUGUGGUGAUUCUUUAUAUGUUUUAUUCAUUUUACACUUGUGCUUUCUUUCUGAGGUGAAAACUAUUCUAGGUUUUCCAGUCCUUGCACUCUGCAUUAGCUUACCCAAACUUCUUAAUUUCACUUUGGAGGAGAAUUGUUGCAAAGUUUUCUUCCAAGUAUUAUAUAGACCAUGGUUAUUGGCUUAUUGCAAAGUUAGUCUUACAUUCUUUGAAUCGUCAUGCGUAUGAGUGUGUGUGUCAUUCUUUGCUAAUUGAUGAGUUAUAAGUUUGUGAGCUUCCCCAUUAAGAUGAAACCUAACUUAAUUUAACUGAUUCAAGACCAGUAACUUGAUGACUCUUUAUUACUCUCUUUUUCAGUUGAACGAAACUUAUCUGAAAAUGAGCAAAAAACAGUUUGGUUUUAUAGUGAACUCAUGAAUUACAUGGCCAUAAUCUUUUAAUUUACAGUGUUAUUGCUUUAAUAUAAAUUCACAUGGCCGUAUUUAGAGCAUCCACAAUGCUUGAAUGUGUAGUCUUAAAAAUAUAUGACAAGUGUCUAACAAAUAACAAGCUUUCUAAUACCACUAAUAGGAAGUCCGAUGAGUAGAUAUUAAACUACUUAAGAUGCCUUCAAUGAACAUCUCACGGCCAGUCUAAUGUCUUCAUGGAAUUUAAUACUAUAUUUUUUUGUAUCCAUCACACGGUAGCCUCCAAUCGGAUGUUCUCGCAGCCACUAAAAAGAAGCUUUCAGACUUUUCUUUUACACCGGACAGAACGGUGAACGAUGGAAGCACCAACAUCCCCUGACUGGUCCAAAACGAUGAAAACAUUAAAAUGUGAACAUCCUAUUAUAGUAUUAUUGCUUGAAUCUUUUGCAGCUUUUUUCGUUUUUAAUCUCUUUAAUGCUUCUAUGUAUGGGUUACGGUGAUGCUAUUGACACGAAGACGAAGAAGUCGCCUGAGAUGGAAGAUGAUGAUUUUUAGCAACUCCACAACUUUCAUUUGGACAUCCGUCUGAUAUUGAUAUCAAUGGCUGAUAUUGAUAAGAUGGGUAAGCCGCAAAACAAAGCGCCAGAUGAUCCAAAGGUUAGGGGUUAAGGUUAUAAUUGAGGACCGUGAAGUUCAUACAAACGCCAUUUUUUGCUUCCCACAAAACGGAUAAGCUUCGUCCCAACACUCUCCCAGUAAAACAACUCUCAUCAACUAGACCAAAUGCUAGCAAAUCCCACAUUCCAUGGCGGGCCUCUGCAAUUCACUCCAACUACAGCUCGUUACAGAUUAUAUCCUCUGCAACUCGCAACGUCCUCCAUUUCCAGUAGAAGUGCUUUAACCAGAAGAAGAAAUAGCCGCAAACUCUGGCAUAAAUUGCAUGUUCGAGCUACUUCGACUUCGUUGCCUUCUGGCUCUUAUGCAGCUCUGCCCCACCCUUAUUCUGUCAGGAUUCCUGCUGGAGAUCGUUAUAUAACGGUAGAGACAGGGCGUAUAGGCAGGCAAGCCAGCGGCGCAGUUACUGUAACUGAUGGAGAAACUAUUAUAUACACAACUGUCUGCAUUUCUGAAGAUCCGAGUGAGCCUUCUGAUUUCUUCCCUCUAUCCGUUCAAUACCAAGAAAGAUUUUCAGCAGUUGGUCGUACCAGCGGAGGAUUUUUCAAAAGAGAAGGUAGAGCAAAGGAUCAUGAGGUCCAUAUCUGUAGAUUGAUAGACAGGCCUCUGCGGCCAACCAUGCUUAAGGGAUUCUACCAUGAAAUUCAAGUACUUUCUUGGGUAUUAAGUUAUGAUGGUUUGCAUCCCCCCGAUUCUUUGGCAGUGACAGCUGCUGGAAUUGCCAUGGCCUUAUCCGAAGUACCAAAUUCAAAGGCCGUUGCUGGAGUACGAAUUGGUCUUAUUGGGGAUAAGUUCAUUAUAAAUCCAACCACAACAGAGAUGGAGGAGUCAAGGCUGGAUUUGUUACUGGCAGGCACAGAUGAUGCAAUAUUGAUGAUUGAGGGAUAUUGCGAUUUUCUCUCCGAGGAAAUAUUGCUUGAAGCUGUACAAGUCGGACAGAACGCAGUACAAGCCAUAUGUAAGGAGGUUGAAGCUUUAGUGGAUAAUUGUGGAAAGCCAAAAAUGUUUGAUGCAAUCAAGCUGCCUCCUCAGGAACUCUACAAUCUGGUCGAAGAAAUUGCUGGGGCUAAACUGUCGGAACUUUUACAAAUUAAAAAUAAGAUUCCUAGAAGGAAAGCAUUAUCAUUGUUAGAGUCUGAGGUUACAAGCAUACUUUCAGAAAAGGGCUAUGUUCAGAAGACAGAAGAGCUUGUACCCAAUGAACUUUCACUAGAGUCAUUGCAAGAAGAGGAUGAAGAAGUCGUUGUUGACGGUGAAGUUGAUGAAGGUGAUGUUCACAUAAAGCCACCUGGAAGGAAAUUUAUUCCCUUGCUAUUCUCUGAGGUAGACGUGAAGCUGGUAUUUAAAGAGAUCACAUCCAGAUUGUUGCGCAAGCGGAUUGUGGAGGGAGGAAAGAGAAGUGAUGGAAGAACUCUUAAGGAGUUACGUCCAAUCAGUUCGAGUUGCGGGCUACUCCCCCGAGCACAUGGAAGUGCUCUUUUUACGCGAGGAGAAACACAGUCUUUAGCAGUGGUUACACUUGGUGACAGACAAAUGGCACAAAGGAUAGAUAACAUUGUUGAUGAAGAUGAAUAUAAGAGAUUCUAUCUGCAGUACUCUUUUCCGCCUUCAUGUGUUGGGGAAGUUGGAAGGAUGGGAGCACCAUCUAGGAGGGAGAUUGGUCAUGGAAUGCUGGCUGAGAGAGCCCUAGAACCCAUACUGCCUUCUAACGACGAUUUUCCUUACACAAUACGUGUUGAGAGUACAAUAACUGAAAGCAAUGGCUCAUCAAGCAUGGCAUCCGUAUGUGGGGGGUGCUUAGCAUUGCAGGAUGCCGGUGUUCCUGUGAAGUGCUCUAUCGCGGGUGUAGCUAUGGGUAUGGUUUUGGACACCAAAGAAUUUGGGGGUAAUGUAACUCCCCUAAUUCUUUCAGACAUCACAGGAUCAGAGGAUGCUUCCGGCGAUAUGGAUUUUAAGGUUGCUGGAAAUGAUGAUGGAAUCACUGCAUUCCAAAUGGACAUUAAGGUGGUUGGAAUUACGUUACCAAUCAUGAAGCAAGCUCUUUUACAAGCAAAAGACGGUCGAAAAAAGAUCCUUGCUGAGAUGUUGAAGAGCUCGCCACCUCCUUCACAGAUGCUAUCAAAGUAUGCGCCAAUAAUUCAUGUGAUGAAGGUCGAACCUGAUAGAAUUAAUCUUAUAAUUGGAUCUGGUGGGAAAAAAGUGAAGGGCAUUAUUGAAGAAAGUGGAAUUGAAGAUAUUCAGAUACAAAAUGAUGGAGUCGUGAAGAUAAUGGCGAAGGAUUUGGAAACUUUAGAAAAGGCCAAAGCCAUCAUCCUUAAUCUCACAAUGGUUCCAACGGUUGGUGACAUAUACAGGAAUUGUGAGAUCAAAUCAAUUACUGCUUUUGGAGUUUUUGUAGAGAUUGCUCCUGGCAGAGAGGGACUAUGCCAUAUUAGUGAAUUGAGUACAGAUUGGCUGGACAAAGCAGAAGACGUCGUUAAAGUAGGAGAGCAUAUUGAUGUCAAGCUUAUUGAGAUCAAUGACAAAGGACAACUUAGGUUAAGCCGUCGUGCAUUGUUGCCAAAACCUGACACAGAAAACCCUAGUGCAAAGGAUACUGUUGUUUUACAGAAAUCUCCUGAGAAAAGUAAACCUGAGAUGAGCGUAUCAAAGGUUGUCUUAGAGUUAGAGAAUGCUAAGACCGCUAAAAUCAAGAGUGCUGUCUUAGAACUUAAAAGUCCACACAAGAAAUUGGCGAGCCCCUUUAAGCAUGGGCGAAGUGCAGCUGAAAACAAGCCAUCAAAGGGAAGUGGUAAAUCUGCGAUCAACCUUCCAAGCAAAUGUUGAGGUAGACCAAAAAUUGGGAUAGCGAAUGUUGUGUUCCACUCCAGUUUUCUUCUAACUUGGUGGAUAUGGUCUCUCCCCUUGUAGCAAACAAAGGUUGGUCACUGCACUUUGGAGCCGUUGCAAUCGUGCAGAAAUGCAUUCCUAUGGUGGCAACGAUACAUAAAAAAGAGAAUAGUAAAUGGAACUAUAUUCUCAGAAUUGGAUAUGAGCAAAAGAGGACCAAGUUUAUGGGAGAUGAAGCAGUUAGCGGAAUUAGUUGAGACGUUGUAUGCAUAUUAAUUAUUUUAUUAUCGCUAUCCGUUGGGAAUUUUGUCUUCAACCUGCAAUUAAAAUUUUGUUUUUAGUACUUGUUUGUGAGUUGUAACUUGGUGUAAAAAUAUCAGGCUUUUUAAGUAGUCAUUAUAUGCAAUAACUGAGCAGGAAUAUGAUCAUUAUUAAUUUCCC